CGCGUUCCCGACGAUGCAUGGGUGCUUGGAGACGAGGGCGCGCGCAGAAGAGCAGAACGAGAGAGAGAUAGAGUGGGGGAGAAAAAAAUAACCCACGGACCGCAAACUGCUCACCGGGACAAAAACAUGUUGCCUCCAACGCCCCACGGCAGCAAAAGUCAUGUGAAAUGAUCCAUUUGUGAGACAUUUUCUACAUUUCUUCUAAAGUUUCUGAAUGAAAAACGGAUCUUGAUUGAAUAGAAGCGGGGUUUGAGUUACUAUUGGACAGGUGCAGAAAAUGGCGCCGAGGCUCGUGGUGAUCGUGGCCUUGUGGAGUGCACUGCUGGCGUGCGUGCGCUGCUGUCCCGAGAAGUGCACCUGCCAGGACAAAUUGGCCCAUCAGUUUGCUGACUGCUCUUACAAAGAAUUGCUGGACGUGCCUGCGGGUCUGCCCUCCAACGUGACCACGGUGGGCCUUUCGGCCAACAAGAUCAAAUCUCUGAAAAACAAGAGUUUCAUCAAUAUCACCCAGGUCACCUCACUCUGGCUGGCCCACAAUGAAAUCGUUUCCAUUCAGACAGGCACUUUGGCUCCUUUGGUUCAACUUCGCAACCUGGACAUCAGCUACAACAAAAUAGUAUACUUCCCAUGGGAGGACUUGGUGAAUUUGACUGCCUUGCAGCUUCUCAAGAUGAACAACAACGAAAUGGUGAACCUCCCCAAGGAUGCCUUCUCCACGCUCAAAGAUCUGCGCUCACUACGCAUUAACAACAACAAGUUCACUGUCAUUGUUCAAGGCACCUUCGAAGCACUGUCCUCCAUGUCUCACCUCCAGAUCUACAACAACCCCUUCUCGUGCUCCUGCCGACUGGAAUGGCUGAGGGACUGGAUCGCCGCCACCAAGAUCUCAGUCCCUGAGCCCAAUUCGAUUCUGUGUGAAACCCCUGAGAACCUGAAGGGUGUGAUGGUGACAAAAUUCCCAAAAUUGGACUGUGAGGCUCCCAUUGUCACGAUAACCUUCCAGCCUGAUAUUGGCAUCACGGAGCUGGUUGAGGGCUCCUCGGUGAUUUUAAACUGCGAAACCAAGGGGAGUCCAAAACCACUGGUUAGCUGGGAGGUGAUCGCAGGCAAUCAGAACUUUUUGUUUCCUUUGCCCUCCACGAGCGAGUCCAGCGACUUACCAAUCAAUGACAAGACCACUAACAAUCGCUUCCUGGUAUUUCAGAACGGGACUUUGGUUGUCCCUCGCCUGACUAAAAAGGAAGACGGCAAUUACACCUGCAUGGCGGUGAACGAUUUGGGCAGAGUUGAGAGCACGGUAAAACUCUCCCCGGCCGUGAGCAAAAAACACGCAACGUCGGAUUCCACCAUAGACAAGAUUCGCCCAUCUUUUAGUAAGCCCACUCAACCCAAGAGCUCCAAAAACAAUGUGAUCAAUUGGAACAAAGGUCAUGACAGGACCAAGAUCAGCCCAGAUGGUCCAUCCGAUAAACAAGACGGCGCCCGCGAGGCGGGGAUUCCUAAGGACCCUGUGUUUACGAGCAAGUGCGGCGUCCGAGACGGCAGCGAAUAUGUCUCCAACCACGCCUUUAACAUAAGCCUGGAUGACCUCAAGCAAUACACCUUCGAUUUUGGCGUCAUUGCACUGGAGGUGUCUGAGACUGAGGCCAAGGUCAAGCUGAACCCUCUACAGCUCGCCCGCAGCCAGUCCAACCUUCACCUCAGCCAAGGUGAUGAUGCGGAGACAGUAGUCCGGGAGCCCGUCGGUUUGUAUCAGUCGUCCUCGGGGAAGGCAGGACCGGAUAUGCUCUACAUUUGCGUAGACACCGGAAACGGACACUCCCUUAUCAAGUGGUCCAACAUCGAAGAAGGGGUCAACUCUUAUCACUUCACCGGAUUACACCCCGGCACCAAUUACACACUUUGUCUCACUUACGGGGGCCAGGAUUGCCAAGUCCAAGUAGUUUUCACCACUCGUAAGAAGAUCCCCUCCCUUCUCAUCAUCGUGGUCGUGAGCAUCUUCCUCCUGGGCUUGGCAACGGUUCCCCUACUUGGGGCCACCUGCUGCCAUCUUCUAUACAAAUACCAAGGGAAGACCUACAAGCUUGUCAUGAAAGCGCACAAUCCCGAUCAGAUGGAGAAGCAGAUGACCGGCGACUUCGAUCGCAGAGCGUCCUUGGUGGAAUCUGAGAAGACCUUCGACCCUAGCGAGAUGGGCGAGGGGGAGGCGGAGCCCCCUGAGGGGGAAGCCGAGGGCAGCGUGGCCACUGAAUCCAUCCCCGGAUCGUCAUCCAAGACCAACCAGGAGGAAUUCGAGGUGGGUUCGGAGUACAGUGAUAGACUACCGCUGGGGGCGGAGGCAGUCAACAUCUCUGAGGAAAUCAACGGAAACUACAAGCAGCCGAGCCGCUGAGAGCCUUGUAAGAUCAAAUUCAUCCUCUUUCUGAUCCACAAAACUUGAGUUGUUUCAUAUUUUUACUUUAGAAAAAACUCGCCAGUCACUGAGAUUGUAUUAUUCUCUUGUAAUUUUAAACAACAUCACCAAAAAGAGAUGCUGGAAAAACUGCGAUGUGGUUCUGCUCGUAUUGUUAACUCAUUGACUGCCAUUGACGGAGCUUGACGUCCACUCCAUUUAGACUAGGAUCGGCUGGCUGCAAUCAUUCACUACUUGCCCUUUCAAGUCAAAAUUGAUUGGACGUCUAGCACCGCCGAUGGCAGUAAACGAGUAAAAAUAAACCAGCCGUUUCCAAAUCUUUAUUGAGCCAAAGCACAUAUUUUAAUUUAGAAUAAUUUGGCACAAAAAUAAAAAAAGUCACAAAAUGUAUGGCCUUUGUUUCAUGAUGGUUUCACAGGUAUAAGAGCCUUCGAAAUGGUAUAAUUUUUCGCAGCACAUGCGCCAAAUAUUGCCGCGGCAUAAACAUGCAAAAAAAAAAAAAUUUUUCUUAAAUUGCCAAAUAAUUUAAAGAGCAUUGUUGGCACCUUUGGAUUCAAU